GCAAAGGUCAUUGAGGCGGUUUAUUCCGGGAUAAAAACAUUUAGUGUGUUUAAUAAUAAAGAGCCAGUCAGUGAGCUGCAGAGGAGGCGGUGUUUGCUGGGAUUCAAUCAGAGCCAGAGUCGCGGCUGGUAGGUUAACGAAGAAGAAGGGACGUGUGGAAACUGGGAAGACAGCAGUUUACCCUCUAACUGCAUCCAGCUGGGAAUUGCAAGAAUGAUGGAUGAACUGUCGAUUACAAGCCGGUCCGGAAAGCCCAACCCUGUCAGAACAGGGUGGGUUCAUCCGGAGUGAAACCAGUCGACUCUUAUCUGUUGGCUUCUCCUCCGCCGGGCGGCGAUGUCUGCUUUCUGCCUUGACCUGCAGACGUCUGCCGUGGUUUCAGCACCACUGGAGCUGGACAGCGACUGCAUGGAGCCCCGGGGGAGCCCUGCCGCUCAGGAGCCCGGCGGCUUUCAGAGUCACCCGCUGCGGCACACCGGCUCCGGAGGCCUCGGCAUGGCCUUGGAGGAGGAGCUGGCCAUGCUCACCGGGGAGCGGGACGAUGAGGACGAGCUGUCGGACCUAGAGACGCCUGCGGUAGAGCAAAACUCAGACUUGCUGUCGCUCUUCCGUCAAAAGGAAAAGGACUUGGUUUUAGCUGCUAAACUCGGCAAAGCGCUGCUGGAGAGAAACCAAGACCUGACAAAGCAAUAUGAGAAAAUGCACAAAGAUCUGAACGAGAAAUUAGAGCACCUGGAGCAGGAGAAGCACGAGUUGCGUCGGCGUCUGGAAAGUCGAGAGGGGGAGUGGGAGGGCCGUGUGGCUGAGCUGGAGACGGACGUCCAGCAGCUGCAGGGUGAGCUGGAGCGCCACCAGGUUCAGCUGAGAGAGGCUGACAGAGACAAGACUAAGGCCAUCACUGAGCUCUCUGAACAAAACCAUAGACUGCUGGAGCAACUCAGCAGGGCUGCAGAGGUUGAGAGGCAGCUGUCCACUCAGGUCCAUUCAUUACGGGACGACUUCAGGGAGAAGAGUUUGUCUACAAGCCAGCACAUGACCCGACUAGAGACUCUACAGGCUGAGAUUAAGAUGCUGUCGGAGAGGAAGAUGGAGCUGGAACAUCGGGUGCACGCCAUGCUGGAGGAGAACGAGCUGCUGCAGAAUACAGUGGACGACCUCAGAGAGAGGACGCUGGUGUUGGAGAGGCAGUGUCACGAGAAGGACCUGCAGUUACGGCAGAGCCAGCUGGAGCUCCAGGAGGUUCAGGUGUCCCACAGGCAGCUGACUGCCCGGCUGGAGGAGCUGACAGAGGAGCACAGCCUCCAAAGCCUCACACCUCACCCAUCCAGCCUGCUGUGUGAGAUAGAACAGAGCAUGGAGCAGGAGGAGCAGGAGCAGGAGAGAGAGCAGCUGCGCCUUCAGCUGUGGGAGGCCUACUGUGAAGUUCGCUCGCUCUGCUCACAUCUCAGAGGGAAUGACGUCACGGACUCGGCACUGUCCACCGACUCUUCCAUGGACGAGUCCUCUGAGACGUCCUCAGCCAAGGAUGUGCCUACUGGGAGCCUCCACACCAGCCUGCUAGAGCUACGGAGGCUAACACAGAAUCUGCUGGAUGGCAACGAGUCCACGGGCUCGCGGCGCAGUGACGAGGAGGCUCUGGAGGAGCAGGUGAGGAAGCUGGGAGAGGAGCUGAGGGAAGUGAGAGAGCUGUACGAAGCUGAGCAGGACAAAACUCGCAGCAGUGAAGAGGAGGUGCUGCAGCUUCACAAUCAGAUGGCGCUGCUCUCUGUAGAGAUGUGCUCUCUCCGGGAGGAGAACGAACGGAUGAAGACAAUGGCUGAAAUCCGAGAACCGAGCGAGCAGCUCCAAAGUGCUAUCAGAGACAGAGACGACGCCAUAGCCAAGAAGAAAGCGGUGGAGAUGGAGCUGGCCAAGUGUAAGAUAGACAUCAUGUCUUUGAACAGCCAGCUCCUGGACGCCAUCCAGCAGAAACUCAACCUGUCACAGCAGCUGGAGGCUUGGCAGGAUGAUAUGCACAGAGUGAUUGACCAGCAGCUAAUGGACAAGUACCAGGACGAGUGGCGGUCGCCCCCUUCCUCCCUGUCAGGGUCAUCGAGGGCCCACGGCGGUCAGUCCUCCAGACGAGCUCAGCGCAUCUCUGACCGGGACAAGAGACUUUUCUCUUUUUUCAAAAAGAGCUGAGCCCCCUUGGAUUGGCCCUGAGCACAGCAGACAGACAGAGGCAGACGACGUGAGGGAGAAGGAGGGAGUGACAUCACUGUACAGGGGUAACAACACAGCCAAAGACGAGCAGUGGCACACACUGAGGUUUUGGGGGGGGGGGGGGGUCAUUUUGCACUUUAUCUGUCCCAUUACUCUUCUCCACGCUGACUAAUUGAUGACUGCUGGCAGUGAGAGAUAUAAGGAUAGGACUUCCCCAGAGGCUUUGGCUUUAGCCCCUCUUCUAGAAAGCUAUUGGUGUUACAGAACAUGAACAGGGUCAUGAAGUUUACCUCCAAAGAGGAAGGUUUCCUUGUAGUGCCUACGACCAUCUCUACUAGCCCACUGCCAACUCUGUAGAGAGGGAACAUUAGUACAAUCUGUUACUGUAUGCAUCCUGCUUAUCAUGCCAAGGAAUCUGGGGAAAGACAUGUGGAUGUAUGGGAUAUUGCAGGAUUGUGGUAAAAGAUGAGGAUAGCAGGAGUUGUAUAGCAGAAUACCCAUGAGACAGAGCAGGAACGACGACCCUGGAAUUGGGUACAGAGCAGUGAUGCUACAGCCAGCUCACGUGGGAUCUCUCAGGUUUAUUCAUUUGUUCAGGAGAUGUUCACAACUUGAGGCAAAAGCUUGCUGCAUGACAAGCAUAGUGUGAAGUAUAUCUGACAAAUCAAAUGAAAAAAAAAGAGAGCACUUAUGUUCUUUUUGAUAGCUGUGCAGAUACUUCAUCUUCAUCUUCAUCUUCUUACUGUGGCUUAAUGCCCUAGGCCCAAACUUCAAAUUAAAGUGAGAAUACCGUUACAGGGACGCUCAUAUGAUUUGGCAUUGCACUUUCUUUAACUCUGUUUUUAUAUAAACAAAUUACUAUGGGGUUAACUAUUUUUAAGUUUUGUUUUGUUUUUUACAAAGCUCUGAUAAAGCUCACAUUGCACACUGCUUGCUCAGCACCAGAUGUGAGGCAGACAAAGUUAGCAUCUGUCUGAACAGACAAAAAAACAAAACAAAACAAAAAAAACAGACCAACCAACCAACCACUGCUCUUCUCAUGUCUACAUUUU